GACACGCGUGUGUGUCACGGUGCACACGUGUGUGCGGGGCGGGGGGGGCGACCCUGUGUGAGGCCGCGUGCGUCGGGCGGCCCGUGUGUGCGAGCAGACAGGUCCCACGCGUGUGCGGGGCGGGUCACGCGUGUGGGACAGGGCACGCGCGUACGAGGGCGGCCAUGGCCGGGGCCCGGCUGGGCAAGGUGGCGCCGGGCAGCAGCAUCCUCUUCUGCGACAUGCAGGAGCGCUUCCGCCCCAGCGUCGCCUUCUUCCCCCAGAUCGUCGCCGUCGCCGCCCGCCUGCUCCAGGCGUGCCGGGAGCUGGGGGUGCCGGCGGUGGUGACGGAGCAGCACCCGGGCGCUGGCCCCACGGUGCCCGAGCUGGGCGCCCACGACCUGCCCAAGCACCCCAAGACCUGCUUCAGCAUGGUGGUGCCGGCCGUGGAGGCCGAGCCGGGCCGGCCCGGCCUCGCCUCCGUCCUGCUCUGCGGCAUCGAGACGCAGGCCUGCAUCCUGAGCACGGCGCUGGACCUGCUGGAGCGGGGCCUGGAUGUGCACGUCGUGGUGGACGCCUGCUCGUCCCGCAGCCAGCUCGAGCGGCUCGUGGCCCUGGGCCGCCUGCGCCAGAGCGGCGCCUUCCUGGGCACCUGCGAGAGCCUCGUGCUGCAGCUGCUGCGCGACGCCGCCCACCCCCGCUUCCGCCAGGUCCGCCCCGCCCCCGGGAGGCCACGCCCCCCGCCGCCACGCCCCCUAGAGGCCACGCCCCCGGGAUGCCGCCCCUGGAGGCCACGCCCCCCGGCAG